CAGACCGUACGUAAUUCGGAACGUUUUAAAGGCGGGGCGGUUUCAGGUAAAGCAGCAUCAAUGCGUGAAGUUUGUACACAAGAAGGUCUUGUCCCCCUGCUGCGGUGUGGGCAUCUCUUAUUUUGAGCAGACAUGAUGUCCAUGGCCGCUCGGUCCGGGGCUCUUGCCCCGUACUUGCAUUCAACAAAACACGCAGUUAAAAGCCUGGUGAAACCUGGAGCCAAGGACUUGGCGCCUGCUGCUGCUCCUGGGGGGAUCCGUCUUGCCCACACAGAUAUCAAGAUUCCUGACUUUACAGACUACCGUCGCCCCGAGGUUACCGACCCCAACAAGUCCUCCCAGGACAGCAGUGAUGCAAGAAGGUCGUUCUCUUACCUUUUCACUGGAGCGACCACUGUGGUUGGUGUGUAUGCAGCCAAGACAGUGGUCACCCAGUUUCUCUCCUCAAUGAGUGCUACAGCAGAUGUCCUGGCCCUAUCCCAGAUUGAGAUCAAGCUCAGUGAGAUCCCUGAAGGCAAAAACAUAACCUUCAAGUGGAGAGGAAAGCCCCUGUUUGUCCGCCACCGCACAGAGAAGGAAAUCGCCACAGAGGAGGGUGUGAAUAUGUCAGAGCUGCGUGACCCCCAGCAUGACAAGGAUAGAGUGAUUAACCCCAAGUGGAUCAUCGUCCUCGGUGUGUGCACCCAUCUGGGUUGUGUGCCCAUCGCCAACGCUGGAGACUUCGGAGGCUACUACUGUCCCUGCCAUGGCUCCCACUAUGAUGCUUCAGGAAGAAUAAGAAAGGGACCAGCACCUCUUAACCUGGAGGUUCCCUACUAUGUAUUCCCUGAUGAGGACACACUCUUGGUGGGAUAAAUACUGGAGCUCUGUUUCAGUUCCUCUAUGUAAUAUGUAUUUUUUUGAGUGUUGAGGGUGCAAUAAAAUAUGUGUAUUCACUAAUAAAGACAUAUUUCCAACU